AUGAAUAUUCUUAGGAAGGGUGGUGUUAUUGUGGGGAGACAAAGUGGUAGUGUGAAACCGGGCGAGGUGCCUGCUAUCGAGCCUGGAAGCACUAGUUUUAGACAUGAUGUGGAGACUUUGACUACUAUGUGGAAUCGGGUGGGAGAGGAGACUGGGACAAAAUGGACAGUUGAAAGUUUCCUUGAUGAAGUUGGAAUUCAGACUGCAAAGCGGACUGUGGUGGAGGAUGAGAACUCUAGGCGAUUGGUGUUUGCUAUCACUAGGGAGGAGUAG